AUGUUACCGACGAACCCUAAAGAACUGGCUCACCGGAUGGCUAUGUGGAUUUUAUUAGUUUUGAUUUGCAGCGUCUCAAUUAAAAUAAUGCUUAUUUUCGAUUUCAAUAAACGCUCCUAUAAUCACAUCCCUGGUCAUUGUAAGUUUAUGGAAGAUAUGGACAAUGGCGCCCCUGCGAUGCAAUUGCUUGAAAACACAGGCGAAGUUUUUAUAGUGUCAGGCAAGAGAAAAGAAACAAAAGGAAGAAUUUAUGUUUACCAAUCGAAAGAGGAAAACCCCGGAACAAAGCCUCAAGAACUUCUUAUCCAAGGGAAGGAUUUUGAUGCCAAAAACUUUCACCCAUCCGCGAUUUCAUUGUAUGAAAGUAAAGGACGCGUUAUUCUGUAUGUUAUAAAUCAGAACUGCGUUGAAGUCUUAAUAUAUAAUCGUGACAAGAGUCUCCUCAUACACAGAAAAAGUAUCUGCGAAUCUUCAUUCGUAAGUUUGACUGACAUUGCAGUUGUCGGGCCAGACAAAUUCUUCGUAUCACGAGAGAGUUGGUUUGAUGACGGUUGGUUGCAAACUGUCGAACUAUUAUUGUUUAAUUCAUUCGGAUGUCUUUAUUAUUUCAACGGACAUCAUGCUUCCCUCAUACAGAGCGGUUUACAAUCUCCUUCCGCGAUGACUGUUGACUCUAAACGAAAUCUAUUGUAUAUUGCUUCGAUGAUGUCAGAGAAUAUUAAGAUGUAUUCUCUGGAUAAAGAUCUGUCUCUUACUUACCGAACUGAAAUCGCUCUACUCUCAUCUCCGUCUGGGUUAUAUGUGGAAUCAUCUUCGGGUGAUCUUUGGGCCUCACUUCAUCCUGUAUUACAUCAAUAUUGGACAUAUAAUAGAGCAAUGGAAGAGAAGAAAGUAUCUCCAAGCCAAGUACUGCGAGUGCGCAUACAGAAAGAUCAAUUAUCUUGGGUAAUCACCGAACCUUAUUCGAAUGAUGGGGCUACACUCUCUGCUAGUUCUUCAGUUGUUUUCUCAGCAAAUCGAUUAUUAAUAGGUGGACAAGAUGCACGUCUGUUGAUUUGCGAUGUUAUUAAUCCCCAAAUAACAUAA